UGGGCCGCAGAUGAAGAGGAGGCGGCGGCAGUGGUGGAAGAAGAGGCGGAGGCGGCGGGGGUAGGGAGCCUGGAAACGCGAGCGGGGAUGGUAGGUGGUUUGGACCCGCCGGGCCGCCGUCGUUUCCAGAAAGGGUUUGACUGGAGGAACCUCUGGAGCAGCUAUGCAAAACCAAAUCUCAUCUCCAGUGAACUAUUUUUCAGUCAGUUGCUGACUACUGAAUUCCUUAGAAGGUGACUGAAAAGUGAACAGUUGAUGUGGUAAUUGGGUGUUUGACGACUAAUCAUUUACAAUCAGGUUGGCUGGCUCCUCUGGCUGAUGGCAUGUUGAGGCACAUGGGCCAGUGGCAGCGAGGGCAUCCAGUCCAGAGGGGGCCACUCUAGAGGCCAGGCCAUCAGCACCAUGGGCCAGUGUGUCACCAAGUGCAAGAAUCCCUCAUCAACCCUGGGCAGCAAGAAUGGAGACCGUGACCCCAGCAGCAAGUCACACAGCAGGCGGGGUGCAGCCCACCGUGAGGAACAGCCACCAGCCUGUGGCAAGCCAAGUGGGGAUAUCCUUGUCAAUGGGACCAAGAAGGCAGAGGCUGUCACUGAGGCCUGCCAACUGCCAACAUCCUCGGGAGAUGCUGGGAGGGAACCCAAGUCCAAUGCCGAGGAGUCUUCCCUGCAGAGGUUGGAAGAACUGUUCAGGCGCUACAAGGACGAGCGGGAGGAUGCAAUUUUGGAAGAAGGCAUGGAGCGCUUUUGCAAUGACCUAUGUGUUGACCCCACAGAAUUUCGAGUGCUGCUCUUGGCUUGGAAGUUCCAGGCUGCUACCAUGUGCAAAUUCACCAGGAAGGAGUUUUUUGAUGGCUGCAAAGCAAUAAGUGCAGACAGCAUUGAUGGGAUCUGUGCCCGGUUCCCUAGCCUCUUAACAGAAGCCAAACAAGAGGAUAAAUUCAAGGAUCUCUACCGGUUUACAUUUCAGUUUGGCCUGGACUCUGAAGAAGGGCAGCGCUCACUGCAUCGGGAAAUAGCCAUUGCCCUAUGGAAACUAGUCUUUACCCAGAACAAUCCUCCGGUAUUGGACCAAUGGCUAAACUUCCUAACAGAGAACCCCUCGGGGAUCAAGGGCAUCUCCCGGGACACUUGGAACAUGUUCCUUAACUUCACUCAGGUGAUUGGCCCUGACCUCAGCAACUACAGUGAAGAUGAGGCCUGGCCAAGUCUAUUUGAUACCUUUGUGGAGUGGGAGAUGGAGCGAAGGAAAAGAGAAGAGGAGAGGAGAGGUGCACUCAGCUCAGGGCCCGAGGGCUUGUGUCCCGAGGAGCAGACUUAGUGGCUCUGUCCCACGAGCAGCAGCAAGAAUCUGCCUGCUGCCCUGCAGCCAACCGAGGAAUUGGACCUUUCUGGAAAUUACUGAAGAUCCGGAUAUUUUCUACUUUACACCUUUCUCUGCCUUGUAUCUGAAAGGGCUCUAAAAUGCUGUAUCAUGUUUUAGGCACUUUCUUCACUUUUUGGUUAUUUUGGUUAUUUCUUUUUUGGGGGGAGUCCCCCAAAAUAUUUGAACCUGGCUACAUGUUGUGUAUCUUUUUUUUUAAGCCUUCAGAUAGAAUAGCCUGCCAUUUCUUGCACAAAUUAGAUUUUUUUUGUGGGGGAGGGUGUAGGGCAGGGCAGGGGGAAUGGGACAGUUAGGUUGAAUUAACAUUACAAAAUAAUACAGUGCCAGAUCUCAGUUUUGCAUAUUCUGUUUUUCAGGGCAGGUCUGUACUGUGUGUAGUGCUGUUUACAUGGUUGAAUUUAGGUUGUAAUAAUUAUUUUUAAAGAUUUACACAGAGUUGAAUAGCAGUGUUAACUGUUAACCACAUUGCAUUAAUUCCCAGGCGAAUUAAAGCUCUUGGAGAGCAAAGGCCAGCCAAGAGCAUUUAGUCUGGUGACAACCCCCUUUUAAGCUAAUUUAUCCAAAACCCUUAUUUUCCUCACUUCUUGCUCAUUCCUUCUUUCACCUGUUGCAUUUCGCAUUGAGUUAAUCCAUCAACAUGCUGCACCUGUCAGUCAAGUG